AUGGCUUAUACCUUUAAAAACUCUCCAAAUCUAAGUAUUUUAUCAAAAAUAUUGUACAUUAUUUUGUUUAGCUACUGCAUUCCUACUUUUGAAUGCAUUUGGUGGAGUGAUAUCUUGCCUUCUUUACAUAUUCUUAAAUUAGCAAUUGAUUACUUCUUGAAUUAAUUGGAUCCAGCCUUAUUUGGAAAUGAAAUUAAAAGCUAUGGAGAGUUGCUAGCUAUUUUAAUUGGAGGUCUUUUAACUCUCGGAUAUAUUGGAGUACUUAUGUGUUUGCUGAACUUAGGGAUAUUGAUCUCUUUGUUCAUAAUUUCAUUUAAUCCAUAUAAGGAGAUAAUCAACGAAAAACAGCAAGAUAAUCUGAGUUAAGAUUCUAAGAAUGAAAAAAAAUUAGAAGCAGCCAGUAAUGUUGAUGGGUAUAACUUCAUAAGAGAUUUGCCAUCCUUUUCUUAUUCAUUCUUUUUCUAAUACUAUUUCUUGGUGAUAUAUUAGUAUCUAGGAAACUAUAAAAGACAAAAAAGUGGCUAUUUUCUCUCUGUGAUAGCAAACUUGAUAAUUUUGGCUUUUGUUUUACUUUUUUGCUUUUUCUCUACCAGGGCUAAUAUAGUUAUUUCCUCAACAAAAGCUAUUGCAAAUCAGCAAGUACCAGGCUUGAAUUAAAAUGUUAUUCAAAGCAUAUUGUUUACUGCUUCUAUUCUAUAGAUAUCUUUUGCAUUCUUUUUGGGCAAAGAAUUUGUAUUGACACUCUAUGAUGAACUGAAAAAUAAAAGCUUAAGCAAUAAGAUUGAAGAUUUGAGGUAAGGAUUAAGCUAAAAGAGCUUCUCCAAUGAACAAUUAAAAAUGGUUAGAAAAUAAAUAUACUAAUUGGUCAGAAUGCCCUAUUCUAAGAUGAAUAAUACGCAAUUUUACUCUAUAACUUGUAGUUACUAUUUUAUAUCAGUUAUGAUUGCAGGACUGUUUGGAUCUAGUUCUAAGGAUAAAAAUAAAGGCGAGGCCUUGUCUAGCAUAGUGAAUAUCACUUCAAGUAUUGUAUAGCCAACUUUAAUGUCAAGAUUAAGAUAUUUUGCUCUUGCAUUUUCAAUUAUUGGAGUAUUAGCAUCUGCGAUAUUUACAACUAUUGGCAUAUAUUGGUAAAUUCAAUGA